AUGAUGGGUGAAGUCCCCUCAACAGUGUGGCCGCGCGGAGGGGAAGAGGGAGAGGAGGAAGAGGGAAAUACUGGUCCGAACUGUCAGUCGCUGGCGCUCCCGCUUCCCCUGGUCUCUGGACUUCCAGGACUGGACGCGCCGGAGCUCCCUGCGAGCCGCCGGUUGCGGGGACAAGCUCAGCGGCCGUCGCGGUUGCCACUCAACGGAAAAGGACGGAGGCGGGCAGCACCCAAGGCCGCUGCCGCGCAACCAGGACGCAAUCUCCGCGGCCUCUUCGCUGGGGCCAGAGAGCAGAAACUAGGAGGAGGAGAAGGAAGCUGGGAAGGGGUGCUGGGAGGAGGUGCGGUGGAGGCUCCGCGCCCCGCGAUCUCGGCUGGCCGGGUGGGGCGGGGCCGCGCAGGUUCCUUGCAGCUCCCAGGUAGCGGAGAAGGGUGGAGGCCCGGAGGGGCGGGAGCCUUGAACCUGCCUCAGGGGGAAGAGAAACCCGGCUGCGGGCUCAAAGCCGUUUCUUGCAGGGCGAGCGCCAACUCGGCAGGGAUUAUUAACCAGGUCAGCGAAAUGAGUCUGAACCCCUUUUCUAGAAUCACAGUAGCGGCCACAAGCAUAUACAGCAGUGAGGAGGAUGACGAAGACAUUGAGAUGUGUGACCAUGACUAUGAUGGACUGCUUCCUAAGUCUGGAAAGCGUCACUUGGGGAAAACUAGGUGGACCAGGGAAGAGGAUGAAAAACUGAAGAAGCUGGUAGAACAGAAUGGAACGGAUGACUGGAAAGUAAUUGCCAAUUAUCUCCCGAAUCGAACAGAUGUGCAGUGCCAGCAUCGAUGGCAGAAAGUACUAAACCCGGAGCUCAUCAAGGGACCUUGGACCAAAGAAGAAGAUCAGAGGGUGAUAGAGCUUGUACAGAAAUACGGUCCGAAACGUUGGUCUGUUAUUGCCAAGCACUUAAAAGGGAGAAUUGGAAAACAAUGUAGGGAGAGGUGGCAUAACCAUUUGAAUCCAGAAGUUAAGAAAACCUCCUGGACAGAAGAGGAAGACAGAAUUAUUUACCAGGCACACAAGAGACUGGGGAACAGAUGGGCAGAAAUCGCAAAGCUACUGCCUGGACGAACUGAUAAUGCUAUCAAGAACCACUGGAAUUCUACAAUGCGUCGGAAGGUCGAGCAGGAAGGUUAUCUGCAGGAGACUUCUAAAGCUAGCCCGCCAACAGUGGCCACAAGUUUUCAGAAGAACAGUCAUUUGAUGGGUUUUGCUCACACUCCACCUUCUGCUCAUCUGCCUCCAGCCAGCCAGACCUCAGUUAACAAUGAUUAUUCCUAUUACCACAUUUCUGAAGCACAAAAUGUCUCCAGUCAUGUCCCAUAUCCUGUAGCGUUACAUGUAAAUAUAGUCAAUGUCCCUCAGCCAGCUGCUGCAGCCAUUCAGAGACACUAUAAUGAUGAAGACCCUGAGAAAGAAAAGCGAAUAAAGGAAUUAGAAUUGCUCCUAAUGUCAACUGAGAAUGAGCUCAAAGGGCAGCAGGUGCUACCGACGCAGAACCACACAUGCAGCUACCCCGGGUGGCAGAGCACCACCAUCGCUGACCACACCAGACCUCAUGGGGACAGUGCACCUGUUUCCUGUUUGGAAGAACACCACUCCACUCCCUCUCUGCCUGUGGAUCCUGGCUCCCUACCUGAAGAAAGUGCCUCUCCAGCGAGGUGCAUGAUCGUCCACCAGGGCACCAUUCUGGAUAAUGUUAAGAACCUCUUAGAAUUUGCAGAAACACUUCAGUUUAUAGAUUCUUUCUUAAACACUUCUGGUAACCAUGAAAACUUAGACUUGGAAAUGCCUUCUUUAACUUCUACCCCUCUCAAUGGUCACAAAUUGACUGUUACGACACCAUUUCAUAGAGACCAGACUGUGAAAACUCAAAAGGAAAAUACUAUUUUUAGAACUCCAGCUAUCAAAAGGUCAAUCCUAGAAAGCUCUCCAAGAACUCCUACACCGUUCAAACAUGCACUUGCAGCUCAAGAAAUUAAAUAUGGUCCUCUGAAGAUGCUACCUCAGACGCCAUCUCAUCUAGUAGAAGACCUACAGGAUGUGAUCAAGCAAGAAUCUGAUGAAUCUGGAAUUGUUGCUGAGUUUCAAGAAAAUGGGCCACCUUUACUGAAGAAGAUCAAACAAGAGGUGGAAUCUCCGACGGAUAAAGCAGGGAACUUCUUCUGCUCCAGCCACUGGGAAGGGGAGAGUCUGAACGCUCAGCUGUUCACACAGGCAUCGCCUGCGGCAGAUGUGCCAAAUAUUCUUACAAGUUCCGUUUUAAUGACGCCCGUAUCAGAAGAUGAAGACAGUGUUCUCAAAGCAUUUACAGUACCUAAAAACAGGUCCCUGGCGAGUCCCUUGCAGCCUUGUAGUGGUACCUGGGAGACCGCAUCCUGUGGAAAGACAGAAGAUCAGAUGACGGCGUCUGGUCAGGCUCGUAAAUAUGUGAAUGCCUUCUCAACCCGGACUCUGGUCAUGUGAGACGUUUCCAGACAAGCAUUAUGGUUUUCAGAACACUUCGAAAGUUGACUUGGGAUAUAUCAUUCCUCCACAUGAAACUUUUCAUGAAUGGGAGAAGAACCUAUUUUUGUUGUGGUACAACAGUUGAGAGCAGCACCAAGUGCAUUUAGGUGGAUGAAAUCUUAUGAGAUUUCACCCAACUAAAAAGAUUUUUUAAAAUAAAUAAAUAAAUAAAUUACAGUUUACCUAAAUUAUUAGGUAAUGAAUUAUAGUCAGUUGUCAAUAUCUUAAUGCAGAUUUUUUAAAACAUAAAAUGAUUUAUCUGUAUUUUAGAGGUUCCAACGACCAGUAUUUUUUCCUGUGAUGGGUUUUUUGAAAUUUUUACACACAAGAAAGGUACUCCAAUAUUUCACUUUUCUCAAUCACUAAACACAAUGCAUUACUAUAAAUGUUGACUUAAUACCGUGGGAUUAUUAAUCAAGAUUGUAAGUGCUCAUUUAUGGUUAACAACAUUGGAGGUACAUUUAUUGUACUAAACCAUUUUAUGAGGGUUUUUUUUGUUAGCUUGCUUUAAAAAUUAUUACUGUGUGAAAUAGUUUUAUAAAAAAUUAUAUUUUUAUUCAGUAAUUUAAUUUUGUAAAUGCCAAAUGAAAAAUGUGUUUUGCUGCUAUGGUCUUAGCCUGUAGACAUGCUGCUAGUAUCAGAGGGGCAGUAGAGCUUUGGACUGAAAGAAAAGAAACCUGGUGUUAGGUAAUUUACUAUGCACUAGUAAUUCAGACUUCUAAAAUUUUUUAUAUUAUACAUAUAUAUAUAUACAUAUAUAUAUAUAUGGACUUUUUUUUUCCUUUUGUAAUACCCUGGAAAACUGGUUUGGGAGAUUUUGCAUUUGUUGAUGUUGUUGUUGUCGGUUUUUUGUUUUUUUUUUUUUUUGAUUACUGUUGGUUUAUAAGAACUUGCAUUGCACUUCUUUACUUUUUUGGGAGAUCUGUGUUGUUGAUGUUCUGUGUUUUGUUUUGAGUUCAGCCUAGCUGUUCUUUAAUUCAGGGGUUGUGUGUUGGAUCAGCGGCCCCCAUGGUUUCUAAGUGUAAGGUCUCAGAACUGCCGCACACAGCCUGUGGCGGCAGCUGGGGUGGAGAGCCUGGGGGCCAGAAGCCAUUUGCUGCCUUAAGAACAUUUGGUGCAAGAUGGCCGGCACUGAACUUUGAUAUGACAGUGUACUUACUGCCUUGUAGAGAAAUAAAGCUGUGCCCGUAUUUUACUUA